CUUUUUGUCCUUAAAUUGUAUUGCGUAAUUGAUAAUUAUGCAAGGAUGCAGUAGCCAACAAUGAUUAAAGAGAUAUGUUAGCUAGUGCUGAUUAAACACUUGAGGUACAUACGAGCGUUGUGUUUGUACGCUGGGGAAAAUGCAUAAGGUCAGUCAACUGUGUCGUUGCCGACACGUCCGUGUGCAGGAAAGUGAGAAAAGGAAACUAGUUUGUCGUAACUCCUGCUUCAGAUAUCACCGGCGGUACUGCAUAACCUCCUAGCUGCUCAUCACUAGAUACGAGGAUCACGUGACACAUGAGUAUCGUAAACGACAACCGAAUCGUCGCGACGGUCGAACAUCCGCCGCACGUGCGCAGUCAUAUAGAGGGAGGACGUCAGCAGCACACGCACUUACACCGUCCAAUCGGUUUUUGUUGUCUGCCCAAACUAGCCAGUUUGAUAAGUCAGCCUCUUGUAGGAUACCUUUUUUAUUUCUUUAUUGUCCCUACAUUGUUGUUAUUGUUUCAGUUUUGUUUCACCGUUCAUAAAGCUUAUCUUCGUCCGUUUUCAUUCUACAGCUUCGUUUACACAGAUGAACGUUAACAUCGGUGGUGUCGUCUCGGUAGCUCUAUUUUACUGUCUGAUCCUGGCUGUUGGCAUAUGGGUAGGAUGGAAGCAAAAACAGAAGUUAAAGUUGGCCCAAAGUGGCGCCAACCGGUCAGAGAACAUUAUGCUGGCCGGACGUGACAUGGGAUUAUUUGUUGGAGUUUUGACUAUGACGGCCACCUGGGUGGCAGGAGGUUACAUCAACGGAACUUGCGAAAGCGCUUUCACCGGUGGCUUUCUCAAAUGCUCCACAAUGGCUUUUGGGUAUUCCAUGAGCCUUUUACUUGGUGGAAUGUUUUUCGCCAAACCGAUGCGCAUGGCUCAUGGAGGUCGAGGAUACGUUACCAUGCUCGAUCCAUUCCAGGAGAAAUACGGAUCCCGUGUUGGUGGGCUAUUGUUUUUGCCUGCCUUGUGUGGAGAGAUAUUCUGGUCUGCCGCUAUCCUCUCAGCUCUAGGAUCCAUUUUCACCGUUAUGCUGGGACUGGACAAUACUCUUUCAAUAAUUAUCAGCGCGGCUGUAGCUGUUACCUACACACUGUUUGGUGGCCUUUACAGUGUUGCCUAUACGGACGUCAUUCAGCUUGCCUGUGUCCUCUUUGGCUUGCUUUUUUGCAUUCCGUUUGUCUGGACUCAUCCAGCCGUUAACCAUGAGGCCAUGAGCCAAGUUGAUUGGCUGGGCACAGUUCCACUCUCUUCCGUCGGAAGCUACAUUGACAUUUAUCUUCUCAUCAUCCUAGGUGGCGUUCCAUGGCAAGUGUACUUUCAGCGAGUAUUAGCUUGUCGAUCUCCUCAACAGGCGCAGUACUUAUCCUACAUUGCUGCCUUGGGCUGCCUUAUCCUGGCCGUCCCACCGGCCAUUCUGGGUUCCGUUGCUCGUGUUGCCGAUUGGAAAAACGGAACGGUAUAUGGCCAAGAUAUCACGACACCCGAAGAGAUUAAAUCGAUUCUUCCGUUAAUUCUUCAAUACCUGACGCCGAAGUGGGUAUCGUUUAUCGGUCUCGGCGCCGUGUCGGCAGCUAUCAUGUCUUCGGCAGACUCAACUGUCUUGUCUACUAGCUCAAUGUUUGUCCAUAAUAUCUACAAAACCGUAUUUUUCCCCAAAUCUUCCGAGCACCAUUUAGUCUACGUUAUGUGGGUUUCGAUCGUCGUAUCAGCAGGUCUAGGCACUGUAAUGGCCAUAACAGUCAACACUAUCUAUGGACUGACAUAUCUGUGCGCCGAUGUGGUCUACGUGGUUCUAUUCCCUCAACUCCUCCUUGUCAUUUACGCAGGAGACUAUACCAACACUUACGGAUGCAUAACUGCGUUCGUAACAGGCUUUACCCUCAGGGUUUUAAGCGGGGAACAACUUCUAAAUCUUCCAGCAGUCAUAAAAUUUCCAUUCUACGACGAACAAACUGGAGAACAACGAUUUCCUUUCCGCACGUUUUUAAUGCUUGCAUCAAUUGCAAUCCAGUUGAUUGUAUCAGCUGUCGCCAAAAUUGUCUUCCGUCGGGGCUAUUUGUCUCCAAAGUAUGAUGUCUUCAAGUGCUUUGAUGGCAGUAGGUCAAUCAGCGUUGCGAUUGACAGCAAAUUAAAUCCAGGUGAUGCUAAGGAUAUUGAUGAGGAGACGUUCUUUUUGAACGAUUCCCAACCCAUUCCUCUACGCGAAAGCUCAAGAUGAUCGUGUGAUGGCAUGUGUAAUUGCACAUCAUAAUUUUAAUGCAAUGUGAAGCCAAUUGGGUAAUCCAGAGCUUAAUUUGUUACUGUGUUUAAUAUACGGAAAUGUUAAGAAAUGA